AUGGGCUAUCCAACUCCCUUGGUCGCUUUCAACAGACUUCUGUUCCCAUCCACGUUGAUCUCUUCGACGAGAUUCACCCGAUUUGACAAGUUCAACUUUGGUAACAGAAUGGCACUUAUCCAAAUACCAAAUACCCAGGACGUUGUCGUUUGGAAUUCCCUUCCAAUGGGCGAGGAGUUUGAUAAAGCUCUGGAAAUCUUGUCCAAGGACUCAAAACUCAACUUGUACGCUGCAAUCAUCCCAGAUAAAGAGCACACAAUGGCUGCCGAGGGACUGAAGAAGAACCAUCCUGAUAUCCUCCUUAUUGGACCAUCUGGUAUCACUGACAAGCCAAAUCUCAAGCUCGACCAUACAUUCGAGGACUCUCAGGCCAACAAGGUGAUUCCUGGUGCUUCAGUGGACCCUAAAUUGGACAACUUCGACUUUGUAUUCUUCAAUGGACAUGCAAACAGAGAAGUUGUCGUUGUGGAUAAAACAACGAGAACUGCUUUCGAGGCAGAUUUGCUCUUCAACAUCCCUUCAAACGGUAAGAACUUUGACCAGUACGGAGAGGACAACCAAAAUGGUAACUUUUGGGGGUUCUUGACGUCAAGACUGAAUCCAGAGUCUUCAACGGGUAGAUUCCUACACCAAAGGUUGUUGAAAAAGACCCCGGAGUCCCUCCAGGGCUUGAAAGCUCUACUCUCGUUGGACUUUGAUAACGUUGUCAUGUCACACGGUGAGAUUAUCCAAGGUGACGGCAAAGCAGCUUUUAAAAAGAUGUUCAAAUCGUACUUGUAA